AGAUCAAGACUGACCGCCACUGGCCCACUACCACCACAACAACAAGGGCUGGUGAGUCGAGGCUCUAGCGGAACACCUUCAGGCAGCCAAACUCAUGAGAUAUCACCCCAGUACUCCUCCCAGUGAAUGCCAUGUGUAUGUUCCACCUGGGGCGAGACGCGCGGCUCCCCUGAGACACUGUCCCCGUCACCUGUCGCUCCUGGGAAGGACAAGCUUGUGAUGGAUACUCAAGGAAAAUCUUGCUUUGCUGCAGUAACGUCACCCAAAAGUUGAUUAAUCUGACAUUUCAAACUGCACGCCUGUCUGAGGUCAUGACAGCAAGUAAGCUGACGUGGUGCCAGGCACAUACCCUGAAGAAUUGGCACCUCUGUUAGUGAGUCAUGUUCUCCCUCUUCUACGGCCUCUACAAGUACCUGUUCAAGAAAGAUGAGUUCUUUGUCCUCAUCCUUGGCCUGGACAAUGCUGGAAAAACAACUUACCUGGAGGCUGCCAAGACCAAGUUUACUCGUGGCUACAAAGGCCUCAACCCCAGCAAGAUAACCACCACUGUUGGGCAGAAUGUUGGUGGCAUCUCCUACUCAGGGAUCAAGUUGAGUUUUUGGGAUCUUGGAGGGCAGGAGGAACUACAGCCACUUUGGGAAAAGUACUAUGCUGAAUGCCAUGCCAUCAUCUACAUGGUGGACUCGGCAGACAGGGAAAGGAUGGAGGAGUCUAAGGAAGCCUUCGACAAAAUGAUAUCCAGUGAGAACCUGAUUGGUGUUCCCCUGCUGGUGCUGGCCAACAAGCAGGACAUUCCAGAAUGUAUGGGGGUGCGGGAGGUCAAGCCCAUCUUCAACCAGUCCGCUGACCUCAUUGGCCGCAGGGACUGUAUGGUGAUGCCAGUGUCAGCAUUGACAGGUGCUGGUGUUGAUGAAGGGAUUGACUGGCUGGUGGAGUGCAUCAAGAGGAACAGUGACGUGCGUCCGCCACCGAACCAUGAUGACACCUGAUGCUACCACUGCUCACCCUUCAUAGCUAUAACUACUGCAGGAACAUAGGUCUCUUACCUUCACACACCAGGCAGACUUACCUACUGUACUCAUGAUCAUAUACCACACUGCUCUGGGACAGCCUCUCCUUGUGUGUCCCCUGACAGGAACUGCACAGAUACCUGAUGAGAAUCCUGAUAAGAGAAAUUAAUGGGAAGAGAAAAUGCACUUGUUGAUUUGAUAGGGAACAUUGUGACUUAGUACCAUCAGACACAGUUUGUAGUUGGUUUGAGCAUUUUAAUGAUGGAUGAGUGUUUGGCAUUCUGUUUGGGGAGUGUGAGGCUGGACUCACUACAUAUAGGGUGUUUUUCUUUCUUGGUAAUGUAGAUUUGUUGAAUAUGAUCUUUGAUGUACAAAUCUGUGGCAGAAACUUUAAUGAUAGCCCUCAAGACAAGAUUUGAGAGGUGUGCCUACUGUGUGUGUGUGUGUGUGUGUGUGUGUGUGUGUAUGGGGUGGAUAAAUGUACAUGAGAAAAUUUAUGUGCACUGUUCUGUCUUCUGUAAUGGUUUAAGACAACAUAUUUAUUGGUUCUAUAUCUUAGUGAUUAUAUGAGUCUUUUUAUUGUGUGUCUGCACUGUGGUUGAAAUUUUCUACAUAACACAGAGCAAUGAAAUGGAGCAUCUUUAAGCUUAAAGGACUUGAUUACCUUGCAGUUCCUGAAGUCACUCUUAAAUUCACCAAUAUUUUCAGUUCAGUGGCUUAAAAGUUGGCCACGAAGAUUUGGUGAUUUCAUAAGUGAAGAUACCAAUUAAUCACCAAUGUUUUUUUUGUUUGUGUCCACCACUGAGUUCCUUGGCAGUGGUUCACAUCUCUUCAGUUGGUGGUUCUGUUGACUUCCCUGCUGUCACUUGUCUUAGAGCAUCAUCCUUUAUUCAUAACUUGUUAGUCCUGGCAGUGUUUCAGCAGGUGAUAUUAAUGAUUUCUAUUGUAAGUUUGCAAGGUUCGCACUUAUAUUAGUUUUUGAUAUGGCUGACAUUGUUGACUUCUUCAUUCAUGUCUAGCCAGAGAAGAAAAACAUCAGAAUAGUAAAGGGUUCAGCAUUUCUUGGUUUGUGUUUUGUGAAGAUAGUCUUGUGAUCAGGUUCCUGGACCUCCAUGUUUAUGAUGGGAGAAGUGUUGUCCCAUUAGUGGAGAACGAUGCCUUGUUAGUGAUGGCAUAGAUCAACAGAUGCUGCCUGUCAUUCAUUCUCCUUCUUAUAGUUUUGGUUUUCCUUGUCAAUAGUAAUAGUAAUAGAUUAUGAUGUCAUCAAGGGAAUGCAUGUAUUUAUUCCUCAUGAGUAGAUUAAGGAUAGAACUUUUGUUGCAAGAAUCCUGCUUGUCUACCAUCAUUCCUGUUUUAGAAUGGGAGCAUAAAAUGAUGUAUUUCAAUCAGAAAAAAAACAUGCAUUGUGUACUUUUAUGUUAUUCAUAUCAAAAUACUGUAUUGGUGAAGAAUUGUCAGGUCUCGUAAUGAAUCUUUUCGUUUGUGUUUUAAGCACGUGUGUGAUUGAGCGAGUGCAAGCAAUGAUGUAUUUAUAGAUAUUGUGUGGAUAGCAUGUUGGGUGAAGCACAGUGAUGCUGCCAGUCUUGUUCCAUGUGUAUAAAUUUUAUAGAGAAUACUUAUAUAUAUGUAUAUAGACAAAUGUAAUGGGCAGUGGUGGUGAAGGAGUGCAGGUGUGUGGCUGGCAUGGUGGAGGUGCCAGAGAGUGGCUAUAGCCCACACCUGCUGCUCUGCCUAGACUUGAAGCAGUUUUGUGCUGAUAUAGUGGAACAAUAUGUUUCACUUUACCACUAGAUCUACAUAUUUUGUGUUUGAGGACCAAGUAUGCCUCUCUCCCCUGCCUACCACCAGCCUGAGGCACUGUGCCCACAGGUAGGUGAAGGCGCUGCAGGUGGUUUAAGGUGCUCAGUGUUGUACUGCUGCUACAUGGGAGGAGUAGUACUGGACAAACUUUGGUUAUUCCUUACUGGUAAAUCAUAAUUUCUAUGUGAAUCAUAUCCCUGAAAAGUACUAUAUUAAGUGGAAAAUUUGUUAAUUGGUAUCAACUUUUGACUUCUUUGUAUAUUUAUUUUAAUAUUUUUUUUUAGGUGUCAUUUUCAGAACUUACUUUUGAAGAGCAGAAUGACUGGUGAGUUUAUUAUGUUACUAACCUUAAAGAUUCAUAAAUGAGAUGUUCAUCUUGUGAAUUGCAACAAACUUUCUUCUGAUUGACUUGCUUACAGCAAGGCUGGUGUACACAGAACUGUGACCUGAGUGACAUAAGAUGCUGGUAAACAAGUUCCCUCAUGACCUCACUAGAAAAUGGGAGUUCAUAAGACAUAAGGUUGCCUGAGGGAUAGGGUGAUGUCACUUGUCUGCCAGAUUGAAAAUUGCACCAGAUCAGCUCUUCAUUAUCAUGAGUCAAAACAAAGUGAUGAUAGGACAGAGGUUCUGCUGGCAUCAUCAGACACCACCAAAUGGACUUCUCUUCCACCAUAAGUAGAAUGUUUGGAAGUGGUAAAGUCCCUAUUGAGUUCUGCUGCAUAAACUGUAUUGUUCAUGUCACUUAAAAGAGAGAAGUGGCCUUAUCAUUGGACAGGUGGAUUGUUAUGUUUGCAGCAGAUAUACAAAGCAAAACUUGCCCAUUUACUGCCAGAGACCAAGAAAGAUAGCUUUUGAUAAUAGAGUGCUUGGGGAAGAAAGGUAUUGCUGCUUUGCUGGGAUUAAUACAAGGGACAUUAACCAGGUGGUGGUUUAUAGAUUUGAUGAUUGGCAGUUGUAGACCCAAGGGUAGUGGUCAGACUUUGCUUCAGAGUUGUGGUGAGGUGAAUGGCAGGAAUGGAUGGGGACAGAAAGGGUACAAAUUUGACUUAUUUGGAAGGGAGGUUCAGGGAAAAGGAAAAAAUUAGAGGAUGUUGAUCUUGAUCAGGGAUAGGAUAAAAGAUACUGGGACUAGGAAAGGGGUAAUAUGUGGCACCAGUGAUCUAGUUUGUAGAUUUCCUACAUGGUUGAUGAAAAUGGGAAGGAGAAUGCCGUGGUAUGUGAGUCUGACCUCAGCCAUGUGAGCCUCCAUACCCAGACUGAUGCUGGGCAGGCAAUCUCAACGACUAAUAUCAAUUGCAGUUGUGAUGAAUUCUGUUUCCGAGUAGCUUAAUUUUAUCUCUUAUUGUCAUUUUGUAUUGGAGUGUGUGUGUGUGUGUGUGUGUGUGUGUGUGUGUGUGUGUGUGUGUGUGUGUGUGUGUGGCUGGGUUUUCCAUCCUGGCUGUGCAAUAAUUCAUUGUUUCCAAGAGUACAAGAGAGUUCUUGCAGUGCGAGCAAGGACCACCACCAACACUAUUUUUUAACACUGCAUCUUAUUUUCUUCUAAAUUGUGAUAGAUCCAUAUUUCUACUUCAUUUUAUAAAAUUCAGUUGCAAUGAUAUUAUCAACAUAUCUGAUGAAGAUUUGAUGCUGCAUUAUGUAUAUGACCUACAAAGUAUUUUAUAUGAGAGGUCUGUCAGUUUUGUAUCAUCAUCAUUUGGUUCUGUUCCUUCCUCUCCCUGAUGUGCAGGAAGGAGGCCUUGCAGGAAGCCUGGCAGAACACUGUUGCCUCUGUGACACUACAUAGGCUUUAAGAGUGAAGUGUUGCUAGCUCUUGGUUUCAAGUGAUGCAAUCAUUUUAACUCAUGUGCUGCAAUCAAUUUGUAUCAUAGUAAUUAUUAUAAUGAUAGAUUAUUAUUAUUAUUAUUAUUAUUAUUAUUAUUAUUAUUAUUAUUAUUAUGUAUAACUUAUUGAAUAAAUUGACAUUUUCACCAG